AAUGUAUGAUCUUUUGCUCAAGGUAUUUGAGUGAGAAUGGUGAUACAAGGUUCACUCGACCUUCUAGGAAUUAUGAAGGAUUUGUAGUAGAGGCAAAUCCUGGAGAAUUGUUCCCCAUUACAGGUAGACCACUUGGAGCCAAAAGGAAUGGGAAGGGUAAUCUGAUUGAGAUGAAUGAUGAGGUUCUUAUCCAAGCUCAACGAUAUGUCAUUAUUAAUUGCCAGGACAACUUGCCUGAGUUGUCUGCAUAUAUCAAGUUUCAUACUUUGGGGCAUGAGAAGAACUUGCAGACGCAAAGUAGUGGGGUAACGUUGACAGCAAUGACAUCAAGUUAUGCGAGUUCCAAAGAUAAAAAUCCUGUGCUAGCUAAUGUCUCUUACUAUGGAGCUAUCGAA